GAGCGCGCACGCGCGGUGUGCGUCAGUAAUGUGAACUCGUCGGAAACAUCAGUGAGAGGAAAGGUAACGUUAGACUAGCGACAGAUAACGAGCUGAGACAGUGAUAUACAACAAAACCAGCACGGAGGAACAUAGAAAGCUCAACUACCAGUCUCGCUGAUGUUGUUUUAUUCUUUCAGACUGGAUUUAGAAGAGUUCGGGAUAAAGCUAGCCGCUGUAAGUUACCGUUAGCUCGUCGAACAAAGCCAGAACGCGAUUCUCCGGCCAGAUAACUUCACCCCAGACGUCCUCAGUCUGGAGGUCUGGUAAGUGUUUUCGCGGGAGUCUUCUCUUAACUGCGCGUGCUGCUGAUCGAUCACACAGCAUGUAAGGUUAGCUCUGUGUUUAGUCACGUGACCAGAUGAUCAGAGACCGGGAGAGGAUCUUGAAGACGUCUCGAGAUGUGUCCUGUGUUUGAUUGACAGUCAUGGGAGGCUGCGUGGGGCGCGAGCGCGAGGAGUCACGUGGACGCGCAUCGAGGAAGCGCGGAGGUCGUAAUGAGCCGCUGAAGAAAGACAAGCCCAAGUGGAAGAGUGAUUACCCCAUGACAGAGGGCCAGCUCCGCAGUAAGAGAGAUGAGUUCUGGGACACGGCUCCAGCGUUCGAGGGCCGGAAGGAGAUCUGGGACGCCCUGAAGGCCGCCGCUGUGGCUCUGGAGUGUAACGAUCAUGAACUGGCUCAGGCUGUGGUGGACGGAGCCAACAUCACGUUACCACACGGAUCCCUGACCGAGUGUUACGACGAACUAGGAAACCGUUACCAGCUCCCGGUGUAUUGUCUGGCUCCGCCGGUCAAUCUGAUCACCGAAAGAAGCGAAGAAGACCUGUCUGAAAACCCCGAGCCCCCUUCCACACAGAAGAAAGAGUUCCAGCUGAAAGUACGGCUCUCCACCAGCAAAGACGUGCGUCUGAACGCCAGCAUGAGCGACACCAUCGGCCUGCUCAAGAAACAGCUGCAAGCUCAGGAGGACAUCGAGCCCAUCCACCAGCGCUGGUUCUUCUCCGGGAAGCUCCUCACAGACAAGACCCGGCUGCAAGACACCAAGAUCCAGAAGGACUUUGUUAUCCAGGUCAUCGUGAACCAGCCCACGCCGGACCACUAGGAUGGACUAGACCGGGAUAGAGGACCAAACCACAGCAGCUGAGAGAACAUCGAGCGACUCGAUCCUGCUGGAACAAAUACACCAAACGCUGACUUGAGCAGAAGUGCCUGCGUGUGUUUGGUAGCGAAGCACACUGAUUCGAGUCGCUCUGAAAGCCAUCUCUCCCUGUUUAAGAUAAUCCAACCUGAGCUUCAUUUUGCACACUUGAGUACCUUCGAAUAGCUGUGCCUUGAAAGAAGAGUAAAUGCUGGGUUUAUUUCGCUUCGGUCACUUUCACUCGCUUUGUAUUUCAGGACUGAUGUCUUUGAGCACAACUGUACUUUCUAUGCAAUCCUAAAACAAACAAAAAAAUACCUUUUAAUGCUUCUUACACCUCUAUCAGUGGCAUUACGAGGCUGUUAUAUUUUGAGAAUGCAUUGCAACAUAUUCGUCAGAUCUGUAUCAGGCCGGCGAAGUCUGUUCAUUUCAGUCGUUUGUUUUUCUGCUCCUGAUUAUAUCAGCGAGUGACUCACACCGGUUAGAAACAGCUCAUUAACUCAAUAACAACUGCUCCUCAUUACGCCGUGUUUCUAGUCUCACGCCAUUCCUUCUACUUCACUCUCUUUUUUAAGCAUUUUUUGUUGUUAAAAGAUACGUGGAGAUUUAAGGACGAGAGAAAUCAUAUAAAUUUAUCAUUGCAAAUUGCUAGUUUCACUGGGCAUGCAUCUUUCUGCAUUCAAGCAAUAUUCCAGGUUAAAUACAAGUACUCUGCAUUGUAUAGAAAACACGCAACUCCAUCAUUUUAACAUGUAUGCACUUUCAGUAUAAGUCCAUGUGGUGUUUAUCUCAGAUAUUUACAGUAUGCAGUAGAUUUAAGGGGUUUUUCAGCAGAAAAUUAAAAUACUGUCAUCCUUCCCUGUGCAUCACAAAAUCUGAAAAUGUCUUACACUUUUCUUUUAUUGUCUUUACAUUGUAUUAUUGUGGUCCGGUAUUAUUUAGUUUGACAUAAAACGUUGAAAUUAUGAUAUAAAAAGUAAUGUUAAAUAAAAUAAAAAAAAUUGCAAUCAAAAUAAAAAGUUGAGAUCCUAAUUCUGACAAUUAUUUAACCUUGACAAGUCAAAAAUAUGACUACUGUUAUGAUUAAUACGAUCUCAAAGUCAAAAGUCACAACUUAUAACUUCUCAGUUAUGGCUCAUACAUAUAUAAUUUUUUUGUAAGUUUGAAUAUUUGUCAGAAUUACAAUUAAGUGAAAUUGAGAUCUCAAUUUUGAAUUUUCAUAAGUUGCUUUUUGUCUCAUACUUUUGUCGUCUUUUCAAAGUUUUCUCAUUUUUAUUUCAUAAUAAAAGCCAGUGUGGUCCUUUCAUGUACAAAGCAUUUCUAUAAUCACACGGGUCUGGAGCAUGAGGGUGAGUAAAUGAUGAACACUUCGAGUUUUGGGUGAACUGUCCCUUUAACCUGGAACAUGCCCAGUUUGUCAUCUGUUUGAAUGUAUGUGUGAUGUGUGAUUAGGUGUUUCUCGUGACAUCAAGUUUCCAGAUUUGAGCGAGGAAGCCGUACAUGAGGAUCUUUUUAGCCCCACAAUGUUGGGACAAUUUCAGGAGACUCGUUUUGAAUUUUUUUCCUUAAAAUCCCAGAAUAUAAGCAGCCAUUUCUCUUACCUCAAGCCUGUGUUGUAUGGAAGCUGUUUCUGCCACAUAAGAAAAAACAGUGUUUUACUGAAUCAUAAUUGUGACGUUAUUAUGAAAUCAUGUAAAAAUUGAGAUUACAAAGUAAAACGCGUAAGAGAAGUGAUAACGACAGAAUGUUGUAAUUGUCAUGAUUCGUUUAGAUUUAGUUUCGACUGUUCUGUUGUAAUAAUGUCUUUACAUUUCAGAAUUUUAACAUUCAUUAGUUUUUUGGAUCAUUUUGACUCUCAUAAUGUUUUUAUCUCAUUAUUUACGUAUUUCAUAAUAUAGACUUUCUUAUAAAUUUGAAUCUCAAUUAUUUUUGUCAAAAUGUAUAUAUCUCUUAAUUAUGAUUUAUCAUUAUGGUUUACCAAAGGAUGAUUUUUUUGUUGUUGUUCUUGCAAGGCAGAAAUAUUACAAACACAAAACACAUGAACUUUUCAUAAACCCUUUCUUCAUAGAUAAAUAUCUGUAUAUUAUUAAGAGACCAAAAUAAAAUCUGCUUACGGACUAUUUUAGAAAAGCUAUGUACAUUUACAAGGUAAUUAGUUUUUUAGAUAUUUUAAUUGUCAAUUAAAAUGAACAGCUGGGAAAGCAAACAUGUGUUUGUCAGUAAACUGUUAAUUAUUUCAAUAUGUUCUCCGAUCAGCUAUUGGUCAUGGCUUCCUCUUUAACGAGAAGUGUUUUGUGUGUGUAGAACAAGUUCGUCAGACCAUAACUCAUAAAACAAAUGUUUAUGUCAUUUAUAAUGUUAAAUUGACCCUUGACCUAGCGUUUAUUAGGAACCAUACUGUAUACAGUAUAGUUCUUGGAAAUGCACUUUUUUUCAUGUCAUUAUUUUUAUUUACAAAUAUGACAUCUCACAAGUUUAAUAUUAAAUUAAAUAUAUAAAACUUAUACGCGUAAAUGAAGGUCCAAUAUUUCCAUAACUCUGAUAAUUGAAAUAAUCUAUUAUCAGGAUAGCGCCAUGUUAAAAUGUUGUUUGUACUGUUAUGGACAGAAGUAGUUUAAUAACAUUUCAAUUGUUUAGCUUUCAAAACAAACCUAUUUCUAAAACCGUUUCAUAUUUCAAUAAAAACGAAGUAAAUCCAUCCUCUCAGCCUCGUUUUGAUCCGUGUAAAAUUCAAGAUGGCGUCUACUAUCAGGUCUAUGAGUGUUGUGCUCACUAUAUGGUGUUAAAGGCUCCAGUAAUGUGUUUGAGGGCUGCUGGAAGUCUGGAAUAAACGAGGUGUUUCUGGAGUCCUGUAGAGAGCUGUCUCACCCGGUUAAAUCUGCUGACUCGGGGUUUAGUCUUCCUUGUUUUGUUCCCGACUCUCGAUCUGCGAUCCCUGGUUGAGAAACAUUCCCGCGCUUUGACCUUUUUCCCGCCAACGCGGGAAAAUCUGGCGCGCUUUGAACCUCACACGUGUCUUUAGCAGCCACACGAUGGCGCUAUUUGCAAAGAAAUACGCUUGAAAUGUGCUGAUUUUGUUCUGGCUUCAAUGAAGUGGAAUAUGUUUUAAAAUAACUGUACAUUUCAUCCGUGUAUUAGUGUCACACAUGUCUUCUGUUGAUCUGAGCACACCUGAGUCUUGUGUGAUAUUGUGUUGUACAGGUAGAUUACUGAUAUUUCCAGAUGUUUUUAUGAUGAUGAUGUUUGGGAUGUGAUCUCAGCUGACUGAAGCCUUCAAACUUUUUUGUUUUUUCUUCUGAAAUCUAUUAAUCAUUAAAUAAACAGAAAAGGUCAGGGAUUUAUGGUUGUUUUGAGCUAAUAAACAUAUACUUCUA